AUGUUUUAAACCCAAGGAGUAUGAAAUUAGCACUUGACAGUUAUGGUGGAGUAAAAGGGACACAAUCGUGUAUUGUUACAGUAAAUGCAGAUGAUGAACCUAAAACAAAGAUCAGAAUGCCAGGGAUAAGCACUUACAACAACUUUAAUUUUGAAAAUGAUGGUAUUAUAGCAAGAAAAGCUUAUAAAGUUGGUGAGGGACAUGUUAUAAAGACCAGUUCCCAGUGUAGUGAAACUAUUUCAAUAGAAAGAGUAUAUAAACUGGAGGUUUUGGAACCUUUCGCACAAGAUCAACCUAUCUGUGGCAAACUUAACAAAUUUCCCGAUAGCAGAAUUGAAGAUACCCAUGAUCAGCAGCCUUCCUUAGAGGAGGAUCAACCUAUGUCAGAAAACAGCAUGAAUAGUUCUGCAUCCAGUGCAUAUUUCUCUUGCCCUGACUUUUCAUGUGAUAAAGUGUUUGCUUCAUCAAAUAACCUUGACCGUCAUUUACUCUUAGGAAAUCAUAAUUACCGGAAAAAUACCAUAUCUUCUAUGGAUACAGCAGUUCAGAUAUACUCUUCCUCAUGUAUUGAUUUGCAAAAGUACCAUGAAAAUGUCCUUCAGGAAGCAAGUCAUGAAGUUGAAAUUUCAGUAAAUUUGAGAGAAAAGUCAAGAAGAGGUUGGGGCUUGAAAUCAAAGAGAGCAAAUGUACGGUUUUCAGAUAAAGUGAAAACUUACUUGCAAGAAAUUUGUGCAUCAUGUGAAAAAACUGGCUCACGUCCUGAUUUUAUUGCUUUGUCAGAAGAGCUAAGGAAGGCAACAGAUGAAAAUGGCAACAAGCUUUUUACAAAACAAGAAUGGCUUAACCCACCACAAAUUAAAGGAUUAAUUGCAAACAUAAUUUCAAAAUCUAAGUCGUCUUUGGCUGUAAAGAAACCACGAACAGAACUUCAGGAGGUUAAUGUAGAUGAUGAUGAAAAACUCUCAGAAGUUAUAUCUAUGUUAGAAAUGAAUGAUUAUAAUGAAAAUGCUGUUGGUAUUGUAAACGAGGUUUUUUCUGCUAUAAAUAUCUAG